CGGGGCGGGGCGGGCGGUCGGGGCGUCGUCGAGGCCGUGGUGAGGCCGGUGGAGCGCGUGAAGGGUGACCUUGUGCGGCACGGCAAGAAAAUCCUGCCCGGCUGAUUGCGCUCGCUGCUGAGGUAAUGGCACACGUGGGGCGAGACACGUUUGCGAGUUCAGGGAGGCUACGGAUCCUCCCCGUCAAAGCCGCAGAAAAGGCCAAUUUGCUGCGAGUGCAGAAAAGGUGACGAGGAGUUUUGCGCCCGUUUUUGUGCGGCUCUUCAGUCGUUUGAGGGCCGGAGCCCUCCAAGAGAAGCGUUCUCAAAAAAGAGAGAAACCAUUUGGAUUGGAGUUGGGAUGCGAAGGACUUGGAGGCCAGAAAAUGCACCCCAGUCCCUCGCUGGUGCCCAGAAACCAUCGCCGGAGGCCGCAGGAGAUGGAAAGCGUCCCUCCAAAGCCGAGAUGCCUUCAGGGGGACGUCGCGGUGGCUCUGCCGGCUGAUUGCCUUCUCGGUACCGUCCAUGACAAGGAAUUUGUCAGCAGGGAAGGAGGCGCAUCAACAUUGGAAGCCAAUUCCAAGCGGAGCUUCCAGACCUCCAGGACCCAGCCCGUUUGGAAGAGGAGGAAGAGGGAGCGUCGCUGGUGUGGAAGCCCUGGGGUGACGUGGAAACCAACCCAGAGACGCAGGAGAAAGGAGGCGGCGGAGAUGCUGCGUGCUGGGCCGCCUCGGAGACCCGAGUCCCAUCCCCUGGCUGAUUAUCAUUACACAGGCUCGGAUACUUGGACACCGGUGGAGGGGCAAUUGUUUAAAGAGGCUUUUUACCUGCAUAAGAAGAAUUUUCGCCUCAUACAGAAGCAGAUCCAGACUAAAAGCGUGUCUCAGUGUGUUGAAUAUUAUUACACCUGGAAGAAAAAAACCCGUUUUGGCUGCACUCGGCCUCGCCUGACGCAGAAGAAGCGCCCGAGACGCCCGGAGGAGGAGGAAGAGGCCCUUUGCAGUGCAAAGAAGAGGCGGCGCAUCACCCCCAAGGAAAAUCCAAAGUUGGGGAGUCAGGAAGAGAACCCCUGCAACGACGGCAGCUCCUCCAUCAAUGCCGGUGCUUCCUGGCGCUGGGACGGCGGCGCCGGAGAUCCAGGAUUUUUCCGCUGCGGCGAGUGUGGAAGGGUGUUUGAGAAGAUCCAGGGGAGAAACGCCCACAUGAGAUUCCAUCGCCCCAAAGCUGAUGUUUAAAAGGGCCCCGGGAGCUCUUCUAAAGGGUGGCGAAGCCACAAAAGCCCCCGCAUUCCGCUGACCUCCUCCCAUAACACCUGGGAACUGACACCAAACCGACCCCGAGGCCAGUUUUUACCAUUUUUCUUAAAACCCCCCAGCUUUUUCUCCGCAUCCGGGCAGCGGCUGGGCUUUGAGGAUUCAAGAAGACGCGGUCGCCCCCGCUCUAAAAAGAGAGGGAAUGGGGGAAAUGGCCCCAAAAGGGUCAUCCUAUUUAACAAGGUGUUUCCCUGCUGGUGGUGCGCAGCCUUUAAGAUCUGGACUGCAGCGCCCUUUUGGUAGAGAUAAGGUUAGUUUUCGUGUGUGGAUUUGUGUUGUAAAUACUUGUCUACAGUUUGUUAAUAGUUUUGGUGUUUGUUAAUAGUUUUGUUAGUUGUUAAUAUUUUUGUUAGU